CUUAUUGCACUGGGGGCUGGGGAGGACAUUCUUGGCAAAUACCAAGAAUUGAAUAGGGCAGACCUGACUGAGAGUGCCACAAUUGCAGACCCAAAUGCAAGAGGUCAUUGUGACAACACUCUGGUCUGGUUUUGGACUGUGGACCUUCCUUCCCCAAGAUUCUGCCACAAAUGA